AUGAAUAAUAACUGGUUAGGCUUUUCUCUCUCUCCUUAUGAACAAAAUCACCACCGUCAGGAAGUCGACUCUUCCACCCCCAUAACCGCCGUAGAUGUCACGGGGGAGUUCUGCUACAAUCUGACCGCUGCCUCCGAUGGGACUUCAGCCGUUCAAACAUCGUUUCCUUCUCCCUUCGGUGUCGUCCUCGAUGCCUUCACAAGAGACACCAAUAGUCACUCCCGAGAUUGGGACAUCAAUGGUAGUGCAUGCAAUAACAUCCACAAUAAUGAGCAAGAUGGACCAAAGCUUGAGAAUUUCCUCGGCCGCACCACCACGCUUUACAACAUCAACGAAAACGGUGGCGAUGGAAGCGGAGGUUAUGGAGAAGACGACGGUAGUGGUGGCUCACUAGGCCUUUCGAUGAUAAAUACAUGGCUGAGGAAUCAACCCGUGGCUAAUGUUGAUAAUCAAGAAAAUGGAAAUGGCGCAAGAGGCCUGUCCCUCUCAAUGAACUCAACUACUUCUUGUGAUAGCAACAACGACAACAAUAGUAUUGUUGUUGCCCAAGGGAAUGAUAGCGUAGAAGCUGCACCGAAGAAAACUAUUGAGAGUUUUGGACAGAGAACGUCUAUAUACCGCGGUGUUACAAGGCAUCGGUGGACAGGAAGAUACGAGGCACAUUUAUGGGAUAAUAGUUGCAAAAGAGAAGGCCAAACUCGCAAAGGAAGACAAGUUUAUUUGGGAGGUUAUGACAAAGAAGAAAAAGCAGCUAGGGCUUAUGAUUUAGCCGCUCUCAAGUAUUGGGGAACGACCACUACUACUAACUUCCCCAUGAGCGAAUAUGAGAAAGAGGUAGAAGAUAUGAAGCACAUGACGAGGCAAGAGUAUGUUGCCUCUCUGCGCAGGAAAAGUAGUGGUUUCUCUCGUGGUGCAUCGAUUUAUCGUGGAGUAACAAGACAUCACCAACAUGGAAGAUGGCAAGCUAGGAUAGGAAGAGUCGCCGGUAACAAAGACCUCUACUUGGGAACUUUUGGCACACAAGAAGAAGCUGCUGAGGCAUACGACAUUGCGGCCAUCAAAUUCAGAGGAUUAACCGCAGUGACUAACUUCGACAUGAACAGAUACAACGUUAAAGCAAUCCUCGACAGCCCUAGUCUUCCUAUUGGCAGCGCCGCGAAACGUCUCAAGGAAGCUAACCAUACGGUUCCAAGUAUGAUGAGGAUCAGAAACAACGUUUCAGAGAGUGAGAACAAUGGUAGCGGUUGGCAAAACGUUGCGGUUCAGCAUCAUCAGAGAGUAGAUUUGAGCUUAUUGCAGGGACAUCAAGAGAGUUACAAUGGUUAUUACAACGGAGGAAACGUGUCUUCGGAGAGUGCUAGGGCGUGUUUCAAACAAGAGGAGGAUCAGCACCGUUUCUUGACUAAUAUCAAUCAUCAUAGCUCUGCUACGGAUGAUUCGGUUACUGUUUGUGGAAAUGUAGCUGGUUAUGGUGGUUAUCAAGGAUUUGCAGCCCCGGUUAACUGCGACGCCUACGCUGGUGCUGAGAUUGCUUAUACCGCAAGAAACCAGUUUUACUUUGCUCAGCAACAGCAUCAGAUCCAGCAGUCGCCAGAAGGAGAUUUUGCAGCGGCGAUGUCGAAUAAUGUUGGCUCUAAUAUGUACUUCCAUGGGGAAGGUGGUGGUGGCGGUGGAGAAGGAGCUCCGACGUUUACAGUUUGGAACGACACUUAAAAAUCAUUGGCAAAGAUCUUUUAGUUGUAUGCGUUGUGUGUUGGUGAUACUUUUGAUUCUGUUUAGUUGUUUUUUUUCUUCUUGGUAAGAUUUUUUAAGACUUAGAUUUAGUUUCCAUUAGUUUGGAUAAAUUUUCAGAUUAAAGAUCACUUUUGUCUUUUUUUUUCCUGUCUAAUACAGAAAAGUUUUCAUAAAUUUAGAUACUACGUAACGUAGUACUAAUCAGGGCCCUAUAUGAUCUUUCUCCUUAUUUUUUUUAUUGUUUUAUCUGCAACAUUGGCCCAAGAAACUUACAAACUGGCAAGCAAAGUGGUGUACUUCCCUUUUAGGAAAGCACAUUUGGGAGUUUCGUCACAGCAUUGUUCAUGUCUAUCAAUGCAUUGAGCAUUGAGGAAUGGUGGAGAAACGAGCAGUACUGGGUCAUUGGAGGAAUCUCAGCUUAUAUCUGUGAGGUUGUACAAGGUCUCCUCUAAAUCACAGCAGCUUUGACACAAAAUUUACAGUGACAUCAAAAACAACAGAUGACGAUGACUUUGGAUAACUUGUACGCAUUCAAAAUGGACAACUCGGAUUGUCCCUCGGACAACAUUCUUGAUCAUAAACAUUGUCGGAGUUGUUGCAUGCAUCUCAGAUGCUAUGAACAAUGGAUAUCAGUCUUGGGGACGUCUGUUUGGUAAACUCUUUCUUCUCCUUUUGGAUCAUUGUUCAUCUCUACCCAUUCCUCAUAAAGGUCUCCGGCAACUCUGUCACCGGAAAAUCCAUGGAUGCGCUUACGUCGUUUCACCAA